AUGGCUAAGUCCCUCAAGAACAUUGUUCCCACUGAAAUCACACUACUCUUAUAUUUAGUUUUGUUUCUCCUUUAUCUGUCGUUCCCUCUAUUGGUUAACUCUUCAUAUGAUAUUUUAGCCGUGAAUUGUGGUCAUUCCAUGGAUACUACCUAUGAAAACCGAACUUGGGUUGGUGACAUAGAAGGUACCAAACUGUUUUCUGUCACGGAACCACAAACCAAAUACAAAUCUAUCAAAGCCAAACCAACUCAUCAUCAUACCUCUGAUUCUGUUAACAAAAUUCCAUUUACCUCUGCACGUAUUUCGUUUUCCAGCUUCACAUUCUCAAUUCCCACCUCCAUACUCAACACAGUCCCCGGCACUGUUUUUCUUCGCCUCCAUUUUUACCCAACAUCGUAUCAAAAUUAUGACACUUCCAACCCUCACUUCACAGUCAUGGCAGGAAACAACAUUACCCUUCUCAGAGACUUUAACCCCUCACUUUGGCUUCAAAACGGUGACAAAACUAUCACCAAAGAAUACUGCCUCACAACACAACCAGGUGAGAAUCUAAACAUAACUUUCAUUCCCACCAUUAUAAAUCAAUCAAACUCUUAUGCUUUUAUCAACGGAAUCGAGAUUGUGUCCAUGCCUUCUUUUCUCUAUUACACUAAUCUCGGUGACCCAAACUAUGUUUUCAAGUUAGUUGACUAUGAAAACAAUGAUUACAUAAUUCGUAACGAUAAAGCUUUGGAGAUGGUUUAUAGAGUCAACGUUGCUGGUAGUCAAGUUCCACCAGCUGAUGAUACAGGUAUGUUUCGUAAUUGGGAUCCUGAUUAUCCUCUUUACUUGGAGAAAGAAUAUCCAAAUAGUAUAUCAACUGAUUUUGUUCAUCAUAUCAACUAUGUACCCAAUACCAUUCCAAAUUAUACUGCACCAGAAGCUGUUUACUUAACUGCAAGAAGUUAUGGAAUGGAUGCGACAGAGGAAUAUAAUGUAACAUGGAAUUUUGAAGUUGACUCUGCUUUUACUUAUAUGAUAAGGUUGCAUUUUUGUGAGUUUGAUCCGAAUAUCACAAAUCCAAGCGAUAGAGUUUUUCGGAUUUUUAUACAUGAUAUUUUGGCUGAACCAUUCGCUGAUGUGAUAGCGUGGAGUGGUGGUAACAAUAUUCCUGUUCAUAAGGAUUAUGCUGUGAUUAUGAACAAUCAAGAAGGAAGUUCUCAAAAUGAAAGAGUUAAUCUUUCAAUCAAACUUCAACGUGCACAAGGAAAUACGUUCACACGACACCGUGAUGUCAUACUGAAUGGACUUGAGAUUUUCAAACUAAAUGAUAAAAUUAACAAUCUUGCAGGAUCAAUAUCAAAAUCAAUUGAUCUAUCUCACCCUCCUCCAGUAUUUUCAACCGAACCGUCAAAGAAAUUUAGGAUCACCACAAGAAUCAUUGUUGCGAUUGCACUUUCAAGCCUCGUGCUAGUAGUUGUUGUGGGAGUCACAGUUUUUUGGCUAAGAGGACGGUUUCAAAAUACCAUGGAAGAUAUCUCGUCCAAGACAAAAAACCAAGGGUCGUCAUCUUUGCCGCCCCAUUUGUGUCGAUACUUCACAAUCAUGGAGAUCAAAGCAGCCACAAAAAACUUCGAUGAUGAUUUCAUCAUCGGAGUUGGAGGGUUCGGCAACGUCUACAAAGGUUUCAUUGAUGGAUCCACCCAAGUUGCGAUAAAACGCCUUAAACAAGGUUCUCAACAAGGUGCUAACGAGUUCAUGAACGAGAUCGAGUUACUCUCCCAACUUCGCCACGUAAACUUGGUAUCUCUAGUCGGAUAUUGCAAUGACGACACUGAGAUGAUUCUGGUUUAUGAGUUUAUGCAACAUGGUACUCUCUGUGAGUAUCUCUAUGGUUCAAAUAAUCAACCUCUACCGUGGAAGUUGAGGCUUGAGAUUCUAUUGGGUGCAGCAAGAGGCCUGAAUUAUCUUCAUGCGGAGGUGAAACACAAGAUAAUACACCGUGAUGUGAAGAGCACUAACAUAUUGUUGGAUGAGAAAUGGGUGGCUAAAGUUUCUGACUUCGGAUUAUCUAAGGUGGGACCUUCAGGGAUAUCGACUACCCAUGUUAGCACAAUGGUGAAAGGGAGCCUAGGGUAUUUGGAUCCCGAAUACUACAUGCUUCAAAGAUUGACCGUAAAAUCUGAUGUGUACUCAUUCGGUGUGGUGCUUCUUGAGGCCUUGUGUGCUAGGCCUCCUUUGGUUCGUGAUUUCGAUAAGAAGACAGCAAGUCUAGUUUGUUGGUUUCAAAGAUGUUACGACGAAGGUGCGGCAAUAGAACAAAUUGUGGAUCCAUUCUUAAGGGAUUCUAUCAAAGGUGAGUGUUUGGAAUCCUAUUGCAAGUUGGCGUUGAAUUGUUUGCAUGAUGAUGGGACUCAACGACCAACAAUGAGUCAAGUGGUUGGUGAGUUAGAGUAUGCUUUGCAAUUGGUGGUGAGUGAAGAAGAUAGCCAAUUUGAUACGUCGCAAAAAGAAGAAGCACAUGUAAAAACACCACGGUUCUCGAGUGACAUUCAUUUUGCUAGAUCACAAUCCUACAAGGAGAGCACAAUCUCAAUGAGGCUAUGUACUCAAAAUUAUUCUUUCUUUGACAUUGGAAAACAAAAGCCACGAUCAUAUUCGAGUCACAACCUCAAAGUGUAUAUUUAG